ACGUUUUAUAUUUUUUUUAAUGUUACGGUCAAUGUGAAAUGAUAAUUUAUUAAUUGUUUACAAAAUGGAGGGGCGGAGGAAUUGGGAUGGUGUACCUUUGGGCGAGUCGCAUUCGCCGCCGCAGUCGGUGCCUGGUCGAAGGACGCCGCUUGGAGCCGUGGGCCUCGGUGGCUUUUACAUGCAAGGAGGACAGCCUCCGCCCCCACAACAUUAUUAUCCUACGGACGAGAACCAGCCAGAACCAGGAACCAGCUAUGGACAAAGGCCAGUCAACGAAAGUAAAUCGAAACAUAAGAUGCGACAAGGUAAAACUGUGCGCCUGAACAUAAACGCCCGUGAACGAAGACGUAUGCACGAUUUAAAUGACGCCUUGGACGAACUCCGAGGUGUGAUACCAUACGCUCAUUCGCCGUCCGUACGAAAGCUGUCAAAGAUAGCAACGCUUUUAUUGGCCAAGAAUUAUAUUAUGAUGCAGGCUAGCGCGUUAGAAGAACUACGAAGACUUGUAGCGUACUUGCAAGGUACGGCAACGGCGGCGGGUAUUGUGCCCCCACCGGGCUUCGAUCUAGCCGGUUUUCCAGCGGCAGCCAAGCUCCUUCAGCCUCCAGCUCCGGGCCCUCCACCGCCCCCAGAACCACCCUCUUGA